AUGAUUAAACGUUUUCUCAAACAUAAAGAUCUACCAGAACCAGAGGAAGAUGCCAGCAAACUAUCAUCCCCCACUCUUCUAACUCCUAAUCCUCCACUUGCUCAACUUCGAAUGUCAUACGAAAAGAAAUCAAGUGAUGACAACAUGUCAGUAAUCAGUGAUUCUAAUCGUUCCUCAAUGUCAAAUUUACAUAGAAAAUCCAGAAAUCAAUUAAAUAGAGGUAUUAGUUCACGAUUUGUUGGAAAUCUUCAAAGAUCCAGAACUAAAGAAUCUUUAGCAAGUGAACAAUCAAUGCGUAGCUCAAUGUCAUCUUUCACUCAGUCAACUUCGUCAGCUUCUUCUGGGAUGGAAGGUCAGGAUUUUGAAGAUUUGUAUCCAAGUACAAGAGUAGAAGAUUAUUUGGAAUUGAAUGUGCUAGUGAAUCAACUUUAUACAUGUGGAUUUCCAAUAUUAAUAUUCGAUUCGAAUUUGACAAUCGAAUAUUUAAAUAGAGAAGCUGAAGAUUUAUUUGGAUUAUUUACCUUCUCAAUUAUGGGUGAAUAUUUGAGUGAGGUGCUGUCAGCAGAAUCGACAAUGGAUGUUCGAAGUUUAAUUGAAAAUUAUAUUGGAAUGGAUGAAGAAACUUUUGAAAAUAAUCCACAAAUUCAAGCACUGAAUAAUGUGGCGAAUGUGAUUCUACCAAUUUCUCUGAUCACUCCGGAAGAAAAACAAAAGAGACGUGAUGAAUUAAAGAAAUCUCGACAAUUGACAGGAAAAUCAGUGACAGAAAAACGAAUUUUUCAAAUGAAGACGAAUUUGGUAGUCCUUAAUAAGCUAAAUCAAAUUCACUUUGCCAUGUAUAUGCAACCAAUGAAGCAAUCCCAAGAAGAUGCUCAAAAACUUGCUUCGAUUCAAUUUGCCGAAACAAUUACUGACCUUUCGGUUGUUCCAAUUAUUGGAAUUAAUGAUAAGGGAACUGUUUUGAUAUUCAAUAAGGCAUCUACCACAACAUUUCAAUAUCAGAGAAAAGAAAUUGUUGGUAAGAAUAUCAAAAUGUUGGUACCUUCCAAAAUUAGAAAUCUUCAUGAUGGCUAUCUGAAACGAGUCGUAGAUCAAGUACGUGCACUCAAAGCAGUCAAUAAGAGUGGUAAAUCUGUUCGAAUUGAGCUCAGAGUUUCUGAAAUAAUCGAUCCAUUAACCUCAGUUUCGUCCUUUGUUGCUUUCAUUCGUGAUGCCAAACAAAUGGUCACAAAAGAAGAACAAAUGAACAAGAUUACUGAAAAGAUCUUUCCAAAAAAUGUUGUACAACGUUUAACAAUGGGUCAAACUGUAUUCGAUACCAUUCCAACAUGUUCACUCAUGUAUUGUGAUAUCGUUGGAUUUACUGCACUUUCUAAUGGAAAACCUCCAUCAGAAAUUGUGAAACUCUUGCAUGAAAUCUUCUCUGCAUUCGAUGAUAUUGUCUAUGGAAAACAAGUUGAAGGAUUGGAAAAGAUUAAAACCAUUGGAGAUUGUUACUUUGUUGGUAGUGGAUUAUAUAAGGAAAAGAAGAGGGGACCUCAAGUGCCAACCAUCAUUGACAGUUCGAAUGGUUUGACACAUGCUGAUCACUGUGUUAAGGCAGGUAUAUUAAUGAUCAAGGAAUUGAAAUCAGUGAUGGAAAAGAAGAAGGACAUUGAGUGUGGAAGCAUUCAGGUCAGAAUUGGAAUUCACACAUCAAAUAAUAAUCAAGUUUUUGCAGCAGUGGUUGGAAAGACAAAGAGAACUUAUGAUUUGUUUGGUCCUGAAGUGGCCACUACUCAAUUGAUUGAGGCAACUGGAAAACCAAAUCAAGUUCACAUCACUAGUGAUACCUUCAAUACUUUGCGAGCUCAGAAUAUUGUGGAAAUGUUUGUUGAGUAUUACAAGCAAGAUGAGGAAGUAUUGUUGGAAAAGAAUGGCAUUUGUGUGAUUCCUAAACAAACAUAUAUUACUGAUUUGGAUUAA